AUGCAGAAACAAAACUCAAGUUCAGGAAGUGAGACUGACGGAAAGGGAAAUGUAUGUUCAGGCUUACAAUCAUCAGUGAAGUAUAUCAGCUUAGUGACGCUAACCCUACAGAACACAUGCCUUAUUCUGGUGAUGCGAUAUGUGCGCACACGCGCUGGGGACAUGUUUAUGUCGAGCACUGCGGUGGUUAUAGCGGAAGCCUUGAAAUGCAUAUCAUGCCUUGGAAUCAUUCUCGUCCAAGAGGGAAGCUUGUUACGAUGGGGUCAACGCCUGAACGAUGACAUUAUUAAACAACCCCUAGAUUGUUUGAAGAUUUCAGUGCCAUCUAUUGUUUAUACACUACAAAACAAUCUACUCUAUGUUGCCGUAUCCAAUUUAGAUGCAGCCACAUUUCAGGUUACUUAUCAGCUGAAAAUUUUAACCACUGCCCUAUUUUCUGUGUUCAUGCUGAAUAAACAUUUGACCAAAAUGCAGUGGGGUGCAUUGGUUGUACUCUUCGUAGGUGUCAGCACUGUCCAGCUUCAACCACACUCAACUAAGGACUCUGCAAAAAUAGCGACUGAACAAAAUCCUUUCCUUGGACUUAUCGCCGUUAUAGUAUCUUGUCUCAUGUCAGGCUUCGCAGGCGUUUAUUUUGAAAAAAUACUCAAAGGCACAUCGCAGUCACUAUGGUUACGUAACGUCCAACUUGGAUUUCUGGGAGUUGUGUUUGGACUUAUCACCAUGGAGAUGAAUGAUGGUACUAAAGUGCAUCAACAAGGAAUGUUCCAUGGAUACGACUUUAUGGUCUGGUUGGUGAUAUUUCUACAGUCCUUCGGUGGUCUGUUAGUUGCUGUUGUUGUGAAAUAUGCAGAUAAUAUUCUCAAAGGGUUUGCAACCAGUGCAGCUAUCGUAGUUUCUUGUAUUGCAUCAAUGUAUUUUUUCGAUUUUAAGCUAUCCUGGCAAUUCAUUGCAGGAGCUACCUUGGUUAUCAUAUCAGUAUAUUUGUACAGUAAAUUUGUACCUACUCCCCCAAAACCUGAUUCAAAUAAGGAACAAACGUGGAAAUCCAACGAAACGCCUGUCCGAUCAGUCUAAUGGGUUUACAAAAUGAAUAAUAGUAUCACAUUAAUGUAUGCUUCUGACUAGCUCCAUACCCGGCAAUAGUCCAUAGUGGUUAUUACAUAUAUUUUCUGUAUCCUGGGAAAGUAGGUAAAAUAUUGGUAAAUGCUUUGUAGAACGACCUAAUAACUAUCUAAUAUGUAAGUGUAUUCUUGUACAGGUACAAGGUAUAAUAUUAUUAUUAAUAUAUGAGAGAAAUGCACAUGCAGAAUUUACUAAUCUAAAAUUUAUGAGUUGUGCUGCAACUAAGACAGAGUGGUAAAAUUAAGGGGAAAACGAUUGUUAUUUUUUGGUCACCUCAUCAACCAUGAAAUGUCCAAAAGAUCAAUAGUAAAAAUCAAAAGUCAAAUAAUCAAAAAAUGGAAAAGAUUAAG